AUGGGGGAGGGGCCUAGAGUUUCACCUGGCCGGAACAUCAGAGGUGAGGAGGGUGCGGCGUCCCGGGACGCGGCGAGCCCACGCGAGGAAGGGGGGAAGGGGGGAUGGGUGCUCGGGGCUGACGCCGGCUGCUUCCGGUUCAAUCUCGCCCAGCUGGACGCUGACAAAUACGAGAAUGACCCCGAGCUGGAGAAGAUCCGCCGGGAGAGGAACUACUCCUGGAUGGACAUCAUCACCAUCUGUAGAGAGAAACUCCCCAACUACGAGGAGAAGCUGAAGAUGUUCUACGAGGAGCACCUGCACCUGGAUGAGGAGAUCCGCUACGUCCUGGAGGGCAGUGGGUACUUCGACGUCAGGGACGAGGAGGACAAGUGGAUCCGGAUCGCCAUGGAGAAGGGGGACAUGAUCACGCUUCCGGCCGGCAUCUACCACCGCUUCACGCUGGACGAGACGAACUACGUGAAGGCCAUGCGGCUGUUCGUGGGAGAACCGGUGUGGACGGCCUACAACCGGCCCGCUGACCACUUCGCUGCCCGGGAGCAGUAUGUGAGGUUUCUGGCAGAGACAGUGUAGUGGUGGCCAUGCUGGUGACGCCCCACCAGGCCACGGGAGACCCCCCUCCCCCAGCAGGGAGGCCACGCCACGCCUGCCAAUCAGAAGUUACUCGUUCCUCUGCUUUUAUGUUGUAGACUUAACAAGUAAAUCAUUUCAAUGUGAGAUUAUCUGACCAGAAUAUUUAUAGAUGGACUGUAAGACUGAUUUUCCCAGAUUUUCCCUGAUUCAACCAAGGUUGGUGUUGAAGCCGUGUGCAUCUGUAACAGGAUGUGAGUCCUUAGUGUCUGCCGGCAGCGCCCGUGGCCGGCACUGGCACUGGGCAGGUGGGAGGUGAGUUCUCCCAGAGGGUACUUUGUCCUUGUUCUAAUAAAGCAUCCCAUGUGCACAA